GGCCAGAAGCCCAGAACGAGAAGUGUCGUUGGUUCACCGAUCAAGCUUCUGUUUUCUGUUCAACAGCAGCAUUACAUACCUGCGCAGGAGACUCUCCUGUAAAACCUCUAUGGAUUUCCAUGAAAAGGAUGAGCAUGACCCUGCUCCUCCCAUCCCUCUCGUCCGCCUGAACCACGUCUCGUUCCAGUGCGAGUCCGUGGAAGCAUCGGUCGCCUUCUACCAGCGUGUGCUUGGCUUCCAGCUCGUCAAACGCCCGGCGUCCCUCGACUUCAGAGGAGCAUGGCUGCACAAGUACGGCAUGGGGAUACAUCUACUGCAACGCGGCUCGGAUUCCAGCGCUCCGGCGGCUGCUGCAAGGCCGCCGGUGAUCAACCCCAAGGGCAACCACAUUUCCUUUCAGUGCACGGACAUGGCGCUCAUGAAGGCUAGGCUGGGCGACAUGGAGCUGGAGUUCGUCGCGGCGCGGGUGCGGGACGGCGACACGGUGGUGGAGCAGCUCUUCUUCCACGACCCCGACGGCAAUGUGAUCGAGGUCUGCGACUGUGAGAAACUCCCCGUGAUACCUCUCGCCGAUGCAGGCGGCGCCGACCUUCCCAAUCUGCUUCUGCCGGUGAAAACGAACGUGCAUGGCUAGUUCGUGGUACUUGCUCAUUGGUUGCUUAGCGCGAUUAUUUGAUUAAUUCGUCUGAUUAGUUUCGUGAGUUGUAAUAACACUGUGAUAAUAACAGGCAGUUCUGCACGCUAAUACUUGUGGCUUGCACUGUACUGGUACGUCUGUUGUGUUGUCAAAUACCAAGUGUCCGUAGUGCAUAUACAAGUUGGGGUUGGGGAGAUCUCCGGUUUACGCGUCUUCCAAGCUGAAUUCACGGCCGACCUUUUGAACACAGCCGGUUCCCUACCGGGAAAAGCUAAAGCCCGUGUAGCAACAAGCACCUCCUUUCCCUUUGCCUUCCAGCUGUUGCGUAUGUACUACUGCUCUUGCAGUGACGAAGAAAGUGCCUUACUAUAAGUAUAUGCGCCAUGCAAAGCUACAGCUAACAUCAUCAUCACCAAGAAUUUCACGCAAUGCGUUUUUUUUUCACCUUUGAAUGAAAGGAUUAAAGGGAUGUCACGCGAUGCUAUUCAGUAGGAGUAUCUGUUGCGUGAGUGGCGACAAACCACCGCCGCGUACCCGGAAUCGCAAAGCAACCGCACCAGCGUUCACAGCCCAAUGAGAAGAAGCCUGCUUGGCCCAAUCCUGCGCUGUACAAAGUGCAAACCGAAACCGAAGUCAGUGGCAGAAACAGCCCUUAUCCAAAACAAAACAAAAAAAAA